AUGGCACCUGGCAGAGGCUGCUUGGCCCUGGCCACUCUGCUGGCAACUGUGGACAUCCAGCUUGGCGGAUGCCUGCAAAUCCUCAGCUCAGCUUCCCAGCAAGGAAGGCGACUAAGCUUAAUCUGCACCUUGCGGCAUCAGAAUGAGGAGGCUGAGGGGGCCAUAGUGUUUUUGUGCAAGGACAGGCCUUCGGACUGUUCCCCUGAGACCAGCCUGGAGCAACUGAGACUGAAACGCUCUCCUGAGACGGAUGGUGUCAGUGAGAGAUCAUCUCAGUUGGUGUUCACCAUAAACGAAGCCACACCAUCGGCCAGUGGGACCUACCAGUGUUGUGCCAAAAGCCAGAAGACAGAAAUCCUCCUUCAAGGUCAUUUUUUCUCCGUUUCAGUCACAGAGACAGGGAACUACACAGUGACGGGACUGAAACUAACAGGACAGCAGGAGUCCAGCCAUAGUAAUGGCCCUCUCCCUAGUAACGGCCCACGCAGUCCAAGCUUCCUGCAAGAGGUCUGGGUGAUGCUGGCCGCCAGCCUGAUGGUCCUUCAAGGUAUGUUCAGAUGA